AUGGAUAUUCAUGUUCUUCAAAGCCAGCCCGCCCAGAAGGUCGCGUUUAAAGACUCUUCCACGGUCCGUGUGGAUUUGGUCCGCGGCGGGUUCCAGCCGCGCCUUCCGACUUCGCUGCCGCCCCCAGGGCAGCAGCAGCAGCCGUCGCCGCUACCACGCCGACAGCCCGUCCCGUUGAUGCCUCCCGCGCAGCUUCAUCCGGGAGCGCCCCAGGUGGUCGCUCCGGCGCCUGCGGUCCCUCUUCAGUCGCCACCGCCUUCGGAGCUGAUGGACGUCGACCCCUCAGCCGGGCCGCCUUCCCAAGCGGUGGCUGUGCAGCCUGUCCUGCAGCCGCUUUCCUUGGGCACCCCCAAGGAUGCAGAAAAUGAAACUCUUAAUGAAAUUAAGAAACUGCAGGAGGAUGCAACAGAAGUUAAGGGUGUGCUAUUCAUGAAUGUAGAGGAGCAGAUUCAAGCUAUGAAAAGUGUAAGGAAAUUUGUUGAAAGUAUGAUUGAUGAAAUUGAGCAUCAGUUUGAUGAGAAGGCAAAACUGAUAACUAAGAGCAUAUUUUGA